AUGCCGUCUUUUGUGGCUCAACUUCUGAGGGAGCAUGAAGAAUCGGCAAUCGAGUCUAUCGAUGAUUUCGUAACGAGACUACAAGAAUACGAAGAGGAACAUCAAAGUUCCACAGGUUUUAGAAGGAUUUUUAUUAAUCUCGACCGAAAGCCGCGACGCCAAAGAUCAACUGCAAUCGGAAAUCUUGAAUCCAAUCGCAUGAGACAAGUGCAUGCUGAUGGAAAAGCUAUUGUCGCAGCUACAACUGUUUGUUUAUGCAUUUAUUGGUCAAUUUCCCAUGACAAUUUGGGCGAUCCAUCGAAUUCAACUCAAAGUCAUAAUAACUUCGAAACGACGAGCGAAACAUCAUUUUCAAGACAAAAUAUCUUAAAAGAGCGGAAUAGAGUGGAAGAGCCGAAAUCAAAGAGAGCAAGAGUCUCUUCAGAAGAAACAACCAUCAACGAAGACACACAAUUUGAUUACGAUCAAUUUAAUUUUCAAUUCGAGCCACAAGAAUAUCAAGGGCCGUAUUUCGAAGAAUUUGAGGAAGAGCCGCAGAGAGAAGAAAACGCAAGAAGAGUCUGCUUACUCGAAAAUGUGAAUAUUCCGACACGUGAAUCAGCGGUUGACGCAGAAUUGGAAUAUUCGAGACGUUAUGGUUACGACUUGUUUCAAGAAUUAAGCAAUAGUUUUGAUCCUGGGAAUUACUAUAAGCGCGACGUGCUAGACUCAUUAUUUAACAAACUCUACAUGUGUCAAAAGCAAAAGAAUCCAUCAACAAUACUUUUAAAUUCUAUUGUCAUUGACCAUUUACGUCCGACUGAUUACCUGCACUAUGCCAGCGAGUGCUUCUUAAAUUUCUACAGGAAUAUAUGGCCAAACUCGAAUCCCACACUUCGUCUCGCGAAAGUCCAAGCUCAAGGGACAAAUAAUUGUGCAUGGGGUCGGCAACAAGCUCAGAACUUUGGAAAAGACUAUUAUUUUCUAGUCCGUUUUUUUAAUAACUUGAGUUCUUUUUGCCUACCCCAAUUCAAGUGGUCCUCUUGCUUUAAGAAACGCAGAGCUGCUGAUGGGAGGAUUUAG